GUUUUUGGUUUUUUUGGGUGUGUGCGGUUGCAUUUGUUUACGCUGCCCAAACUCCAGAAAAGAUACUCUCCGCUUGUGCUCCAACUGCGAUCCCCUCGAAAACCAGGACACCCGAAACAGCAGCAGCAGCAUGCGCGAACUCAAUAAGCAACAGUCGCAGGACACCACGGACUCUGGCGUCGAGAAGGGCGACUAUCCAAGGGCCACCAAUGGCGUGGUCUUCGGCGCCAUCGUCACCUUCGCCAGCUUCUUCGUGCUUAUGAUGUCCUUCUGCUCGCCGUACUGGAUCGAGUCCUACGAGGAGACGCGGUCCAGCUUCAAGAACAUGGGCCUUUGGCAGUACUGUUUCAAGGAUUUCGUGUACCCCAAGUACCAGUUUCCCAAGCAGUUCAACGGCUGCCACAACAUCUUCUCGCACGACUACUACGUGAUCCGCGAGUACCUACUGCCCGGCUGGCUGAUGGCGGUGCAGGGCUUCGUGACCAUGUCCUUCAUCAUUGUUUUCCUUGUGCUGGCCCUGCUCUCGCUGACCAUUAUCCGCCUGCCGCUUAAGCCCGUACUGCAGUACGAGUGGCUGCUCGUCCGCCUCUCCUUCAUAGGUACCGGCGUCUCCUCUCUGUUCAUGUUUCUGGCCGUGUGCAUCUUCGGGGGCUGCGCCUACCGCCGCGACUGGAUGAUGUACCCCAAGUUCAAUGUGCUGGGCUGGUCCUACGCCCUGGCCGUGGUCACAUUCAUGCUCUUGGGCCUGGCCGCACUGAUCCUGCAGCGCGAGGCCCGGCAGGCCUACGAGGCGCGCGGCGAGCAGAAAAACCUGGUCAUGCAAAUGGAGAUGCAGGAGCCGGGCUACCAACCGCCGCGUCACCACCAAAGCCAGUCGCGCAGCCUGCAGGGCUACAUAUAAGAGCCAGACCAGUUUUUGGCUCCAAUGCAUUCCACUUCAAUUGAAUCCUUAGAUAGGAUUCUCACAAGCAAUCUCGUAUCUGCGCAAUCGACGCCGUCCAAAGUGCCUUUAACGUCCGACUGCCUCCGCAGACUUUAACCAUCGAAUACUUACAUAUUUAUACGCGCCCAAGCUGCGAACUCGUCUCCGUCUCCAUUUAUGAUUGUAUUAAAUAGCACAUACAGUUUAAAAUAAGAUAAAUAACUUUUUGUUUAGCCCAAUUCGAGCUACUCUAUUUUACAUUUCUAACAUAAAUUGAUUAUUUUUACCCAGGCUCAAAAACUGUA